AAAGUCACACCGUUAACACGUUUGAUCCAACGAGGCCACCAUACUUGUUGUGUUUGUUUUAGUGAAAGCAAAGAUGGCGAACGAACUGGACAGAGUGCGAAUCUCAGCUGCGGAACUCCGAGCUGAAGCGUCGAAUUCAGUCAAUAUUACUGACUGUCAGAAAGAUGAGCAACAGGAGCAUAAUGUACACAAGCAACAAAGACGGCGUGAAGGAAAGCGCCCUGAUCUGCAGCGCUACCAGUCAGUAGCUGUACAUGGACGGCGUCACCGUGACAGUGACGAGGGUGACACUGGACAAAGUGAUCCUCCGACCACUGAUUCAUACGAACAUGAUGAUCAACCAUCGCAGAGGGAAAAAACGCCUUUGUCUAAAAAAAUGGUGGCUGCAGGUACUGACAAAAGGGAAGAAGACCGGGUGAGAGGUGAUGGUAGUAACUCCCAGCACUGCAGAAAAGGAAGUCAGUCUCAGGCUAAAACAGAAGCCAAUCAAGCAAAAGGUCUUGUCGAAAAUGACACCAAGACCAGUGCACCAGAACACCAGGACCCUGCUGGAGUUGCCAAGUCAACAAAGAAAGCUCGCAAACCAGACCGAGAAUUUUAUCAACCUGGGAGUAGAAGGAACAUUCAGGCAAAAGACUGUGGAGUUGGAAGAGAGCAGGAUAAGCCUCCCCCUAGGAAGGAUGGGCAGAAAACUGAGCCAGAAUCCCAUUUGAGUACAGGGGAAAGUGAGGGGAACAAAAAAACAUCUACACCCAAGCAGGAAGGGAAAGAUAAAGUAAAAGGUAUACAGGAAAAUUUAAAACUGUCUAAUUCCAAUGAGGCAAACAGAAAGCAAGGAAACCGAGAUGUGGAAAAACCUCCGUUACCCUCUGAUACUUUGGUGGAGAAAAUUACUAGCAAAGCAGAAAAGCUCAGUGUGAAAGAAAGGUUGGCAUGUGAAGGGGGAGCAAACAAAGAGGAGGAAAAAAAGGUAGAAAAAAGGAGGGAAAAAGGAAACCGCAGGAGAAGAGGAGGGGAGAAGGAAAAAGAGAGGAAUAAGGAUUCCAAAAGAGGAGAAGAUGUGAUAGGUUGUGGAGGCAAGAUCAACUGUGGGAAAGCUGACGAGGAAAGAAACAGGGGAGCAGUAGAAACAGACAGAGAUAACAUCAAAGGAAAGACAGGAGACGCACACCAAAGCAAAGGAAGAGAGGAUUGCAGAGAAAGCAGAAGAGGAGACAACAACAGCAAGUCCAAAAAUGCUGAGAAAGAUGCUAAGACACACAAAAAUGUGGGCAGGGCUGUAGAAAGAGGUGAUAGAAAGCAAUCCAAUGCAAAUCUCGCAACACCAACCUCGAAACGCUAUUCCAAAUCCGAUAUUAGGCGCUCACGGAAUCGAACUUACAGCAGUAGCUCAGCCAGCAGCGGGACCAGCCUGGAUGGUCCUGGGCUACGGGUGGAUGUAGAGCGUAGCAAGUGGCCGCUCCUGGAGCCUAGGCACAAUAACAAAGAAGGGAUGGCUAAUAGUGGGGAAGGGCGAAGGAGUCAUUUACAAAGCUGGACAACCAACGGGGAAUCAUCUACAGAAUCACUGGAAGGGAGUGAGAUGAGUGACAUAGUAGAAGAUAGAAGGAGAAGAAAAAGAGGCGGGGAGGAAGAACUAAACACAGAGAGGCAGAGAGAAGACAGGAACAGACAAAAAGGAACCAGAGGUGGAAGUCGGGGAAUCUUAAGGGUUUCACUAGAAAAGCCUGCCGAUACCUUGUCUAAUAGUGGGCUUGCACAACAUCGCAAGCAAGGCUUGGUUCCUCGUGGCAGAGGUGGGGGUAUCCUGGUGCUUCCAUCUCGCACAGAUGUAUCUAAUUCACCAGAAGUUGGGCAAAGGCUUCUUUUCAGCGGAAUUAGGGGAGGAGCAGGUUCCAGGAGUAGAGGAGGUAGAGGAGGAGGAGUGAGACGACUCUGGGAUCCUAAUAAUCCAGACCAGAAGCCUGCUCUUACCAGCACCCAGUCUUCACAGCAUUCAUCUCUUCAGCAGCCUGUAUACCUUCAGACAGGAACUGGAUAUGGACAACUUCACUUUCUGGACACAGAUGAUGAGGUAGCGGGCAGUCCUCCAGUUCCGCAGGGUGAGCACUUUCGAUCCAAGCAGGCUGCUGCUAUGGCUUACUACAAAUUCCAAAACUCUGACAACCCCUACUGCUAUCCCAUUCCCACCAGUAACUCACAUAAUCCUGGCACAGCCGCCAGCCAGCGCUAUCCGUAUCCUUAUCAUAUGGGACCCUACCAAAUGGCUCCUAAUGGUAUGUACACAGGCCCUGGUGUGGGUCAGUUCUGUGGGAGUUACAGGGGAGCAAGUUAUUCCCAGUCAAGUUCAGGAGGUACUUUGACAUUUGAAGAGGUGGAGCAACAGACCAGAGGGGAGCUGGGGAGGCUGCUGAGGGCUGCAGAUGCACAGGAGCUCCAGCUCAGUAACCUUCUGUCCAGGGACAGAGUGAGUGCUGAAGGACUGGAUCGCAUGGCCCAGCUUAGAGCUGAUCUUUUGGGGAUAUAUGAGCAGGUCAUCCUGACAGACAUCGAGUUGUCUGAUUCUCAGAAUGUGGAUCAGGCUUUGUGGAAGAACGUCUUUUACCAGGUCAUAGAGCGCUUCCGACAGCUUCUCAAAGAAACCACUUAUGACAACACCCCUCAUAUCAGGAACAUGCUGCUCACGCUGCUUGAUGAGGGAGCCCUCUUCUUUGAUGCGCUGCUUCAGAAGCUACAGACAGUGUACCAGUUUAAAUUAGAGGAUUAUAUGGAUGGCGUGGCUAUCAGGGCUCGGCCAUUACGCAAAACGGUAAAGUAUGCACUUAUCAGUGCUCAGCGCUGCAUGAUUUGUCAGGGAGAUAUAGCACGUUACCGGGAACAAGCCAGUGACUCGGCCAACUAUGGCAAAGCUCGCAGCUGGUACCUGAAAGCCCAGCAGAUUGCUCCCAAAAAUGGACGACCAUAUAACCAGCUGGCUCUGCUGGCGGUCUAUACAAAGCGGAAGUUGGAUGCUGUGUAUUAUUACAUGCGCAGCUUGGCAGCUUCCAACCCCAUCUUGACUGCAAAGGAAAGUCUGAUGAGUCUGUUUGAGGAAGCAAAGCGUAAGGCUGAGCAACUUGAGAGACGGAGGAGACAGGAGCAUGAAGGAGGCUCCAGGGGUCCAGCAGUAAGAGGAAGAGGACGAGGGGAAGAUGGAGCACGUGUGGAGAUUUGGAUUCGCCCCAGCAGACAAGCAGCAAACCCAUCCUCACAGAGAGGAGGUAGCGAAUCCAGCAGAGACUCUGAACAGGAUGGAGAGCUGGGCAGUCUCAGCGCUAGUGAUCUAAAUAAGAGAUUUAUUCUGAGUUUCCUGCAUGCACAUGGAAAACUCUUCACUAAAGUGGGCAUGGAAUCUUUCCCUGGAGCGGCGAGCCGUGUCCUGCAGGAGUUCAAGACGCUGCUGCAGCAUGGCCUUUCAAUGCUGGGCAGUACGCACAUGCUGCAGAUCAUCACCAUCAACAUGUUCACCAUACACAAUAACCACAGCAGAGGUGAAGAAGGAGAAGUGCGAUCUGUUUUACAUGAGCAAAGCACUGCUUUGGGUCUCGGCAUGUUUGCACUUUUGGUGCAGCGUUGCACAGAGCUGCUCAGAGAUACUCCGGCAGAACCAGUUAGCAUGGCAGAUGCAGAUGAGGAGGAUAAAGGAGAUGAACUGGAGGGGAUGGUAAAGGUCUCUGCCUUCCCCUCAGACCUUAGAGAACUGCUACCAAGCAUCAAGGUGUGGUCUGAUUGGAUGCUGGGACACCCAGAUGAGUGGAACCCACCACCUUGUGGUUUAGAUUCCUCACCUGAUGUUUGGCAGUGCCUGGCUGACCUGUGUAACGUGCUAGCAUGUGUGGACCACGGGGAAGUGCCACUGUACAAGGUCGACACUGACGAAAGUGAGGGGGAUGAGGAGUUGACUGUGCUGCAACUGAAGGAGGACAGGCUACUGGCUGGCUUUAUACCACUGUUGGCUGCUCCACAGGAGCCCUGUUAUGUAGACAGACACGCCGACAUGGCAAUAGCAGCAGAUUGUAAGAGAGUCACAGUGCUGAAGUACUUUCUGGAGGCUUUGUGCGGACAGGAAGAGCCUCUGUUGGCCUUCAAAGGAGGCAAAUACGUCUCUGUGGCAACUUCUCCUUCUAACCACUCAAUGGAUACAAGGAACAGGCAGGAUUCUCUAACAGAGAAAGAGGAGGCUGAUGAUGUCAUAGUCGAGGCAGAGUCGUCUCUCUCGGCAUCGGAAGAAGAGGAGGAUGCUGAAGAACCGGAAGACAAUGAGAAUGACAUCAGACAGCUGAAGGCGCGACGUCAUGCCCUCGCCAACAAACUGGCACAGCAGCAGAAGCGCCGGGAUAAAAUACAGGCGGUGCUGCAGACAGGCGGACAGUUGGAGCUUGAAGUGAGGCCUCUCUUUUUGGUUCCGGAUACCAAUGGAUUCAUUGAUCACUUGGGAGGACUGAAGAAACUCCUGCAGUGUGGAACAUAUAUAAUAGUUGUGCCACUCAUCGUAAUUACAGAGUUAGAUGGCUUGGCUAAAGGCCAGGACAACUUUGGUGGAGGAAUGGGGUCAGGUGGGCGCAGCUUUGGCAACCAUAGCAACUAUAAUGUUAGCGCGACUCAUGUGCGGGCCGUGCAGGAAAAGGCCCGAUUGGCAGUGGCUUUCCUAGAAAAAGGAUUUGAAACCAGGGAACCGUGCCUCAGGGCCCUGACAAGCAGAGGAAAUCAGCUUGAGUCUAUAGCCUUCCGCAGUGAAGACACCUCCGGACAGCAGGGUAAUAAUGAUGAUGUGAUUCUGUCCUGCUGCCUCCACUACUGCAAAGACAAAGCAAAAGAUUUCAUGCCUGAUCAGAGAAAUGGGACAGUGAGGCUCUACAGGGAGGUGGUACUACUUACAGAUGACCGUAACCUGCGCGUCAAAGCUCUAACCCGCAACGUCCCAGUCCGAGACAUCCCCGCGUUCCUCAGCUGGGCCAAAGUGGGCUGAAAUAGGCUAAGCUGGAAUCAGAGGAACCCAGCUGCUGAAGCCUGCUUGCCACUCAGCCAAGGAGAGAAGACACACUUAAGAGAGGAGAGGAGGAGAUAACAGGGGAGAGGAAAUAAUAAAAAAAUAAAGCGAAGAACCACUUCUUAAGAAAUACAAGCAAAUGUAGUGACAGCAGGGUGGUUUCAGUGAGCUUUUCCCCCUCUUGCAAUGAAGUGUGUGUGUGUGUGUGUGUAUGUGUUAAGAUCAGUGAGCUUCCCCCAGAAAGAGACAAGGGACACUGUAAGUCUCGGGAAGGCUGGAUUUGGAGGGAGCAACGUGGUGAAACUGGAGUGAUUUGAUUUUGAAGGUGUGGUCCAGCCUCAAGCCUCUGCUCCUAGUUAGAGAGUGUACACUGCAAGCAGAAUUAAAAUUUGAGGUUAAUGAUAGAAUGAGGAACAGAAAGGGAGAGUGCUAAUGGUCAUUUAAUUGAUUGAGGAUAGCAGUAAUGAAGACCAUAAUUGGCACUUCCACGCAUCUCAGAGGAUCCAGUCACAUUUGACUGCUUUGGCCUCUACACCAUAGCUGAGAGAAAGCCAGACAGAGAGAAGCACAGCUGGAGGGUCUUUGUCAGUACAGUAAAAUGUGGCUGAUUGUAGUGAAGGUUAAUCCAGACCUGUCAUACAACCUCAACACCUGCAUGCAGGUAUGGUAUUUCCUGCUAAACCAGGAUAUGUCUGAUGCCUGUCUGGCAACAUGAGAAAAUGUUUGGUUUUUUUUUUUUCCAAACAACAAAAACAUUCAUUAUUAUCUGUAUUUGUGUUUUUACUUGUUAAACUCCUGUGAAAAGUUUUCUUUCCUUUUCUGAGGCCAUUUUUCAGUUUUGGGAAGACUGAUAAUAAGCAUCGGCAAAGUCUCCCACCAAACAGAUCUGAUAUCUUAUAUCAGAUGUGGGUGCAAAUUCAUUUCUGUUUUUGAGCAGUAUAACAAAUGUGUGAGAUUUAAUAUAUCAAGACUACUCAGUUAUUGGAGUAGAUAAUGCUACACUGACCAACUUUAUGGGAUUUUACCUUAGAGUAUAAUUCCAUGCAUCACUUAAAAAAAAAAUUAUCGAACAAAAAUACUGAAAAUAGUGUUUGACUCAGGUCUACUUUCAUAGCCACGAAGUCGGACAUUAUUUGGUCCCUGAUUGUGACUUUGCAGAUACUUUAUUAUCAAGUACCACUGAUGACUAUUUCACUCCAUAUCAGUCCUUUUGUGCUCUCCAGUUCAUACCACCACAGCUAUUUAUAUUUCCAGAAAAUGUUUUUAAUCACAACACCACUUUUCCUUCUCAGAGUGUGAUUUUUUUUUUUUUCUUCAAGGUCACAUAUCCAACUCAUUCCACUUCCACCAUCCACAAGUUGAAACAAAGUGCAUGAGGCAUACCACCAUAAAUGACUGUAAAAUUUCCAUCAGGUUUAAACAACACCUCACUGGUGCGUUAUCAAGAUCUAACACAGAGGUGGUGUUCGUGUUUGCAUUUUUGCUUUCUCUGAGUUCAGUUUUUGUUUCAAUUUGAGACUGUGUCGGGUUGUUCGAUCACAUGUAAACAACAUCUGUGUCCUCUGUUGUGUCGAAUCAUAUGAAAGUCAUAAUUCACUCAACACAGUUUGAUCAUAUGGAUUUGAAAUAAUACAGUAUGUAGAAGUGGCUACCUUGCUUUCUAUUUAUCCCGUACCUUUUCAGCUAAGCUUAUACAACUUAUGUCUGCAGCUGGUGUUUCUGUAUUUGUGUGAAUCAUCUAAUCAUUUUUUUCCAGCUACUCUUUUCUGUUGCUGCUGUGGUGCUCACUACAAUUCACUGUGUUAAGUGGUACAGCUGCAGUGUUUUAGUGUUGGAGCAACUGUAGUAAAUACAUAAUCAGUUAAACACAAAUGACUCAUCUUCCAUCAAUAAAAGUGUUUCAAAGGCCA